CUGCUCAUCUCUCUAUCGGCACCGUUCAGCUGAUUGAAAGCGGCAAAAGUCGCGAAAGUACACCCAGCUCAGCAGACGUUGCUACGAUGGUGCGAAUAGCUUUCGCACGAGUCGCGGGGAUCGCUGCGAAGAGGAGCGCAUUCGUCGCCCCACACGUCAGUCGUCGGCGGCUUUCCGUGGGCGACACGGCAAGCAUGGAGCGAACGUUCUCGCGUUCAGACGUCGAGGAAUUCGCCGCUCUCACGGGAGACCGCAACCCCAUCCACCUGGACGGUGCUUGCGCGCAGCGCAAGGGCUUGCCGGCAUGCGUCGUGCACGGGGCACUGAUCAACGGCUUGGUGUCGGCCGUUAUUGGAACGAAGCUCCCAGGCCCUGGCUGCCUUGUUGUUCAUCAAGUGCUGGAGUUUCCCAAGCCACUUCUUGUAGGAGAGCCGGUCCGGGCACAAGUGGAGGUCAAGUCCGUCCGAAAGUCCAUCGUCGAGUGCACCUAUCAGUGCAAAGCCGGCCCCGACAAAGUGGUCAUGCGUGGCGAAGUCAAACUCUUCAUCCGGCCUGAAAGUUCAUCGUAGUAAACGAGCCAUUGAGUGAGUCACAGUGGAGUUGCUUUUGCUUUUUGUUAGGUAUGCAAAUUCAAAUGCUGUCAAGGUCAGAAUUUAACUAACCAUUGCAAGAUUUGAUGCUUCGCAGUGGCAUGUUUAGCUUGUCCACUACUGCUGCACCGGACUAUGACACUGAAACAUUUAACAUUUCGGAGUGGCAUGGCAGUAAAGUGGUUGCAGUAAACUGCAGCACUGAAAUUCACAACAGCCGCAGUAGGCUGCCUAUGUA